AUGGCAUCCCUCGCCCCCGACGAUAAGUCUGGCUUCCGCGCACCAAGCCGACACAUCACUACGCACGACAAGGAAGGAGGUUCCAAGUUCCUACCGGACAACGUUAUUCCUGCGGACCUUACGUGGCAACAAUUCUCGCCCGAGAUUUUCGGCACCUUGCCGUGGGGCACGACUACCUCGCCUGCGCGAAUGAGCGAUGGAGCUGACUUGGAGGCAUACACGUCGGGAACGCUCAACCCCGCCGACAUCGUUACGAAGAAUGGGACAAACAUGCGUCUUUUCGACUUUGCGCCUGGCUUCAAGAGCGAAAUGCAUCGAACGGAUAGCGUCGACUACAGUAUUGUCCUUCUCGGCACCAUCGAGAACCAAGUGGAUGACGGCGAGGUUCGGGUGGGCAAGCCUGGGGAUAUCUUCAUUCAGCGAGGGACGAAUCAUUUGUGGCAGAACCCGAGUGCGACGGAGUGGACCCGCAUGUGCUUCUUCGUAGUGGCGGCAGAUGCGGUGAUGGUUGGUGGGAAGGAACUUGAGACGACCGCGUCAGUGGAGUCAGCCUCGGGAAACAAGUAG